AUUAAAAGCUAGCGCUCUUGCAGCGUUCGUAUGUACCACAACUGUUCCCGUAAAACAAAGGGUUUCCACCGCUCAUGCUCUGUGCCAAAACCACAUGGCCACAGAAAUUAUCAUACUUCUUCCUCCCUUUGUUUUACAGAGGUUAGAUGAAGCGGAAGUGGAGAAGUUGAUCUAAAUUUAGAAGCGGAAGUCUGCUCUCGUGCCCGGGGCCCGCCCACAAAAUGUCACGUUAUCGGGGAGGAGACAAUGAAACUUUCAUUAACGUGAUUACAAAGAGGCAUAUAAAAGGCGAGAGAAGUGCGGUAAAUGCCAGAAGCGGGUAGGUAGAGAGUCUGUGAGCAGGUUGGAGACCAGUGGAAAAACGUCGCCGAAAACUUCGAAGACAACAUGCCUGUAGCAGGGGGCGAAACAAAGGAGAGAGGAGGCAACGAGGAGAACUUAGAGGAGACCGUUAACGAGGUUCUGGACAUCCAUCCCGCCCAGCUGCAGUGCGGCGGCUGCAGCAAGAACAUUUCCGACAGAUACUUCCUCAAGGCGAUGGACGAGUAUUGGCACGAGGACUGCCUGUCAUGUGACCUGUGUGGGUGUCGGCUGGGGGAAGUGGGCAGACAUCUAUACAGUAAAUACGGCAGGAAACUCUGCAAGAGAGACUACCUCAGGUUGUUUGGGAAAGAUGGGAUCUGUUGCGCAUGCGGAAAGCGCAUCCGGGCCUACGAAAUGAUGAUGAGGUCGCUUGACAAGGUGUUUCACCUGGACUGUUUCAAGUGCUUCACCUGCAACAAGAACUUCUGUGUGGGAGAUAAGUACGUCCUGCUGGAGAACACCAUCUUCUGUGAUAACGACAUCCCGGAGUUCAGAGAACUCAUUUCAGACGACUGAAAAAAAAAAAACACAAA